GCCGUGCAUCGCGAAUCGCUGUCUCGGAUGCCGGAGAUUUCGAUCCGGAACUCACGCAUAAUGCUUACGAAAUCGGUGAGAUCGCUGCUGGUCGUCUGGCUGAUCUUCAAUGCAAUCUGUGGAAGUGCUCAAGCUGAUAUCGUGGAAGCCUUGUGUCCGGCGGGAUAUCAGUAUAUCGAUGGCAAGUGCUACAGCUCUUCUGUUUGUCCCGAAGGACACUACUUAAACACAGAUGGAAAAUGUUACCCACAGACCAAUAAGAAGUGUCCACCUGGUUACUUUCUUAACACUGAUGAAUUGUGCUAUAGGACUAAUCCAGAACCCUGCCCUUUUGAAACAACAACCACAACAACGGAUCCCACUACUACUACAACAACAGAACUAACAACUACAACAACGACAACAGAACCGACCACUACAACAACUACAACAGAACCAACUACUACUACAACAACAACGGAACCCACCACUACUACUACAACAACAACGGAAGCCACUACUUCAACAACAACUACUACAACAGAGCCCACUACUACAACAACAACUACAACAACAGAACCCACUACUUCAACAACAACUACGACAACAGAACCAACUACUACAACAACUACUCCUACGACAGAACCUACUACAACAACAACCACCACCACGGAACCAUUUCCGUAUCCACCUCCCGUUAUUGAAGAACUGACUCGCUGUCCGCCGGGCUCGAUAUUCUACGAAUCGCAAUGCCGGAAAAUCGUCUGUUCAGAGGGUGAAUACUACGCUGGGCGCUGUAUUUCAUCGGCCUGUCCACCGGGAACCGUUUGGUACGGAAAACGGUGCCAGGAACCAGGAUAUAUCACCACAAUCCUUGAGAUCGCCAAUGUGAUCCACAACGAGCAUAAGUACUCGGUGACCAGCGAAAAUAUAAACCGUGUGGAGUACGUUACAGCCGCACCCUAUGAUCCCGAUAAGGACAAAAGCUACGAUUUUAGUACACCCGAAAACAUACCCGAUAACGUUGUGGCUCCACCAAUAACAACAACAAGACGUCCCUGGAUAUUUCCCAGUUUGAGGCCAACUACGGAGCAGUCGGUGGUCGAUGAACCUUUUCCGGAUCGUAAUCCUGGGCCGGGCUGCUGUUUUCUGAAGAGUCCCCGAAUCUGCAUCAACUACGCCCCCAAUUGGGUGUGUUCUAGCAAGGAGAAGAAGUUAUGCGAUCCCAGGGUCUGCACGGCCCCAGUGGUCUAUCUCAAGCCCCCGAAGAUCGUCUAUGACGAAAACACGAGGCGCGUGGUAAUGCCACCCAAUCCGCCACUCUUGGCCUGCAGUACGUCGGAGUGCAAGGAGAGCGAGGUUUUGGAUUGCUCCGGCUGCAAGGAUCAUCAGCGGGAUAAGUGCUCUCCUAGCUGCUAUAGUUACUACUGUCCUAAUGGAACCUGCGCUUUUAUGAAAACCGAAGAUUUUUGCGCCCUAUAUCCGGGUGAAUUUGGCUGCAAUGCGUUGGACGGUUGUAUCUGGGAUUGGUGCAGUAAGAAGUGCUACUAGUUGAAUUGGUUUUGUAAACCUAAAUAAAUAUUAUAUUUGAGAUCUUUGGUAAUGUUUAGUAAAA